AUGCGGCUGACAUUGACCACUUUUUGUAUAUUCUUCUGUCUAUUUGAUCGCAACCACACACCUUCUUUUUUUGUGCUGAAACAUAAUAGAGGGACUUGGCAAUACGACGACUCCUGUGAUAAUGUAUAUCUAUUCUGUGAUGUCAACAAGAAUAGUACAUGUCAAUUCAAAACAUGCUCCAAUAGUGACUAUAUAUCAGGUUGGGAUGAAAAAGCUUUUGCAUUUCCGAGUCGUUGUAACAGUAAAGAAAGAUAUUGCCCGGAUAACGGUUCUCAAUGUACACCCUUAGUGGAAACAGGAGGGCAUUGCGAACCUCAAAGGGAUGAUGAGUGCGCUGGUGGAAAUUCUAUCUGUUUGAAUUCAACAUGCUUCGUCAAAGUUUCCCCUUUAGGGGGUCAUUGUGGUUCAGACAGAACGGACUAUAUCUCUUAUAAUGAAAACGGUGAUGCUGUUCAACAAAUCAUUAUACGUGAUAACUGCACAGACGGUACCUACUGCGGUCCACAAUUUGAAUGUGUCUUAUCAAAGCCUCUCAAUGCUCAUUGCGAACAGGACAGAGAAUGCCUAUCCAAUACUUGUGCUGAUGAUGGUAUCUGUAGGAAUGCGCCUGACUUGUAUCAUCGAAUUGCUACUUGGUUAUGGGCUGUCACAGGUUGCUUCAUUCUUGUCUUUAUUUUAGUCAUUUUAGGCAUGUUGUGGCUACUACAUCGAUAUCAAUCACGUAAAGAACACGAGAAGUUUGUGCGGUUUUUCGAACAUAAUGAAGAGUUCAAUAGGUUAAUGCUUACAGCAGAUUAUCAGGAUCAUAAAGAGAAGAUGCACCCUACUCAUCAUAGCCAGCCCUUGGAAGCAGUGAGUAAGAAUAGUAGCGUCGUUUAUUUGGCGACGCCUGAUUACCAUGAAUCAGCAGCACUAGCAAACCAUCACACCACUCCUACUAUGACGACUCCUAAUUCGAUCCGUCGUACAAACUAG